AAACUAAUGGAUCAAAUUGUAGCAGCUUUCACCAAAAAGCUCCUUCAAAGCAAUUUCAGAAGAGAAGCAUUAAGAUUUCAAUCAUGGCUGCAACUUCCUCGUACAUAGCUUGCACUAAAUUCUCCAUGUUGGGUUGGAGUGGAAUGAAAAAAGAUUUGAGGGGGAAAAAGGUUCUUUCAAUUUCAGCUCAGCAGCAAGCUGAAGUUGGUGAAACACAGGAAGCUAAAGUGCAGGAAGAACCAGACAGGGUCAAGCAACAAGCUACACAACCAAGGCCGGUGGAGAAACAAAUCAAUGUGAAGAGCAAAAACAUGAGCAAAGAAUUCGGAGGGCAGUGGCUCAGCAGUGUUACGCGGCACGUCAGAAUCUAUGCCGCCUACAUCGAUCCGGAAACCUGCGAGUUCGAUCAAACUCAGAUGGAUAAACUCACCCUUAUACUUGACCCUACUGAUGAGUUUGUCUGGACUCCUGAAACUUGCAAUAGUGUUUAUUCAUACUUCCAAGAGCUUGUGGAUCACUAUGAGGGAGCGCCGUUGACGGAGUACACGCUGCGAUUGAUCGGUUCAGACAUAGAGCACUACAUCAGGAAGCUACUAUAUGAUGGAGAAAUUAAAUACAACAUGAAUGCCAAAGUAUUGAACUUUAGCAUGGGGAAGCCACGCAUUGAAUUCAAUAGCAACAAUGAUGGGAAGGUUCAAGAUGCAUAAAUGACUAGAUUCUAACAAAAAUGGCAAGCAAAAGGGCAUGGUUAGACAGGCCAUAUAGUAUCAGUUUCAAAUGCAUCACAAUUCACAAUGUUGUACACAUUAAAACUUACAUCUUUGGCAGAGAAGCCUGAUGCUUAAAUUCGCUAAUGAUUGUGAAAAAUCCAUGUAAUAGAUAAAAUUUUAUGCCGA